AUGGACAAUUUGGAGACGCAGCAAUGGCUGCCAAGCCCCGAAGACUUGGUCCAUGCUUGGGGAGAGAUGGAGAAAAAGGAGGCGGAACUUCGCAAUCGCGAAAACGCCCUGGCCGAGCAGGAACGUGCCCAGAGGACGUUGCGAAGCCAGGAGAAGUUGCGACAGCAGCUUCGUGAUCAGGAGGCUCGUCGGCUCAGAGCCGUUGAGGCGAGCCGGGCUGGUGAAAGCCUUCCUGCCGAUGCGAAGCCUGCUGCAAAAGUCAUCACUCGGCAGAUGCAGAUGGGCCUCGUUGCCGAGAAGAAGAGCAAGCCGACUGAGGAGGAGGAGGAGGAGGCUUACGAGGAUGCGGCAGAGAGCUCUGCCGGUGUAAAGCCGAAGAGCAAGGCUAAGGCGAAAGCCAAAGGCAAAGCAAAGGCAAAAGCAAAGGGAAAGGCGAAAGCCAAGACCAGCAAGGUCCUUGCUUGUGCCAGCGUCGGUCCAUCUGAGUCAGAGCGAGAGGAGCUGGAUCCGGAGCCAGAGGAGCUGGAAGCUCCUCCUGAGGAUGACGAGGAUUUGGGCGAAGCUCCUCCGGCAGAGCUUCCGAAGCUCAGGCGCAGUGGAGGCAAGAUCGGUCGAUCCAAGUCCAGGAAGCUCCUGCUUCGUGGGCGAAAGAAAGUCUCGCCCUCCAAAGCCUCGAAGACGCGAGCUGGAAAGAAAAAGGCCGGCAAGCGUGGCGAUGGGAGUGCGCACGAGAUUGAGUACGAGGAGGAGCAGGGCAUGGAGGAUGCCACGCAGCGCUACGAGGAUGAUGAGGAUUGGGAUGCUUUGGGUGGAGACGAAAGCACCUGGAUUGGCGCGACGGGGAAGCGCAAGGCUGAGAAAUCAGUCCUCCGGCGUGUUCGCAACAAAGCCCAGGCUGCGGAGAAUGCGGAGCCUGCACCGGCCUCCGAAAAGGCCGAUGAAGAUGAGAUGGAGGAGCCUUCUGAGGCUGAGCCGGAGGAGGAUGGGGACGAGGAGGGCAGGAAGACCUUUGCCAGGCGUCCUCGGCCCACAACCAGGCCCAUCAAUAUGGCCAGAUUCGACGCGAUCCGGGACGCCUACACUGCAAAGAUCCGCAUCUUCGUGACCGGUCACUCCAAACUGGAGGACUUUUAG